GUUUAAAACGUUUUGCAUAUUAGACUUAUGACAUUUGAAAUCUGGCAUCAAAACAAGAACAGUAAAAAUUGCUUAUUUUUUGCCGAGUUCUUUGAUUAGCCCCAGGCAGUACUCCAGUUCUUUGAAUACUUUUGAUGUCACUUCGCAAAGCUUUGAGGUGGGGUUUUGGUCUUGGAGUUGCUGGUUUCACAGUUGCAGCAUUACACAAAAAUAGAUGGGAACUUUCAACAUUAGGAUUUAUCCGUUUUGGUCGUGCGGCUGUAACGGUUGGAAAAAUAGCAGUAGAUUACAAAAUAUCUCUAAAAGGGUUAGAUGUGUCAAGUGAAGAAUAUCAACUGUUAAAGUCUGAAGUAAUAUUACUUUUGGUUCACUAUAGAUCAGCCAAACAAUUGCUUGAUUUAUGUUGUAAGAAUGGGGGUGCCUUCAUCAAAGUUGGACAACAUAUAGGUGCUUUAAAUUAUUUGUUACCGCAUGAGUAUGUAUCAACAUUAAAGGUUUUACAUAACAAGGCUCCCAAAGCAGCUUUGGAGGAUGUCUUUUUUGUUUUAAAAGAAGAUUUACAAGAAGAUGCUGAUAAAAUCUUUAAAUCCUUUGAACCUGAACCUUUGGGAGCAGCAUCACUUGCACAAGUUCAUUUAGCGACAUUACAAGAUGACACAAAAGUAGCUGUAAAAGUUCAGCAUCGAAAUGUUCAUUCUCAUGCAAGAGUUGACAUGGCAACUAUGGAACUGCUGGUAAACAUUGUCGACAUGAUCUUUCCUGAAUUUACAUUUAUGUGGCUUGCUGAAGAAACAAAAAGAAAUUUGCCCCUUGAACUAGACUUUAUACAUGAAGGGCAGAAUGCAGAAAGAGUAGGAAAAAUGUUCGCUUCUUUUUCGUGGUUAAAGGUACCUAAAAUAUAUUGGAAUUUAUCAACCAAACGAGUACUAACAAUGGAGUAUUGUGAAGGUGGUCAAGUUGAUGAUGAAAAGUACAUAAAAAAACAUAAAAUAUCUCCUUCUGAAGUAUCCAAAAGGCUUGGAGAACUCUACAGUCAAAUGAUUUUUGUUCAAGGAUAUGUUCAUUGUGAUCCUCAUCCUGGGAAUAUUUUGGUUCAAAAAGAUAAAGACUCAAAGGAUAUGAAAAUUGUGCUCUUAGAUCAUGGUCUUUAUGUGGAUCUUACAGACCAAUUUAGAUUUCAGUACAGCAAUAUGUGGUUAGCCUUAAUGAAUGCUGAUGUAAAAGGAGUUGAGUAUUGGGGCAAAAAAUUGGGCGUAGGGGAUUUAUAUGGUUUAUUUGCUUGCAUGCUUACAGCUCGAUCUUGGACAGCUGUGACUAAAGGAAUUGAAAAAACUGAAAAAACUUCAGAGGAGAAGCAAGAAAUACGAAACAAUGCAGCUAAUUACUUACCUGAAAUAACAACUGUUCUUAGCAGAGUUCCAAGAGAAAUGUUGCUGGUUUUAAAAACUAAUGAUCUUCUGAGAGGAAUUGAAGGUUCUCUAGGUAAAUCAACAGUUUUUUAUUUGAUUAUUUAUAAAAUUGUUAACCGAACCACAUGAUACAUUUAAGGAAUU